CCUGUUCGGCGCAUUCUUGUUGCAUCAUCAGCGUGCGCCUCCGCGAUAAAUUAGGUCUGGGCUACAAACGUAUGGCAGCUUCUGAGGUGCCGGUGGUGGUGUCUUCGUCGUCUUUGAAAACAGACACAUCCCCUGUCCUUGAAACUGCAGGAGCGGUCGCAGCAAUGGCUGCGACCCCGCCAGCAACAGCUGCAGCCGCGGCUGUUGCGGCCGCGGCCAGGACAGGAUCCGAAGCCAGGAUCUCCAAGGCCGCUUUGGCUACAAAGCUGCUGUCCCUGAGCGGCGUGUUCGCCGUACACAAGCCCAAAGGGCCCACUUCAGCCGAGCUGCUGAAUCGGUUGAAGGAGAAGCUGCUGGCAGAAGCUGGAAUGCCUUCUCCAGAAUGGAGCAAGAGGAAAAAGCAGACUUUGAAAAUUGGGCAUGGAGGGACUCUAGACAGCGCAGCCCGAGGAGUUCUGGUGGUUGGAAUUGGAAGGGGAACAAAAAUGCUGACCAGUAUGUUGUCAGGGUCCAAGAGAUACAUUGCCAUUGGAGAACUGGGGAAAGCUACUGAUACACUCGAUUCUACGGGGAAAGUAACAGAAGAAAAACCUUACGAUAAAAUAACACAAGAAGAUAUUGAAGGCAUUCUACAGAAAUUUACUGGGAAUAUAAUGCAAGUGCCCCCCCUCUAUUCUGCAUUAAAGAAAGAUGGACAGAGACUUUCAACUUUGAUGAAGAGAGGUGAAGUCGUAGAAGCAAAACCUGCCAGGCCAGUGACUGUAUACAGUAUCUCCCUUCAGAAAUUCCAGCCACCAUUUUUCACAUUAGAUGUUGAAUGUGGAGGAGGUUUUUAUAUCAGAAGCUUGGUCAGUGACAUUGGAAAAGAACUGUCUUCCUGUGCCAAUGUGCUAGAGCUGACCCGAACGAAACAGGGGCCAUUUACGCUAGAAGAGCAUGCCCUUCCUGAAGAUAAAUGGACAAUUGAUGACAUUGCACAGUCUCUUGAGCAUUGCUCAUCUCUUUUCCCAGCAGAGUUGGCACUUAAAAAAUCAAAACCUGAGAAGUCUAAUGAACAGGUUUUGAGCUGUGAACAUAUAACUCUAAAUGAGCCAAAGGGAGAAGAUGAUGUAAUUAAGACGUGUUGAGAUUGGCCUGGGAAUAUCAUCAUUUUCUAGUUGACAUUUGAAUCCCUUUGUGCAGAUGCAGAAUGGCAAGCUACAUUCAAAAGACAAACAGUAUUCUUAACGUUUUUUUUGCAUGAAGAAAAAUGUCUAUCAUUUACAGUUUCAAUAGCAUAUAAUUUAUUUACUAUGCCUUAUAAAUGGCCUCGCAGUUGUUCAGUUGUUUGCUGUGUUGUGGAAUGUUCUUUUAGGAUUUUUUAUAUCGUGAAAAUGUGAAUAUGAUUGGAUUCAAGAAAAUUAAAUUUCUGAAUUUGAUCUGUCUUCAGUCUUGUGAAAAAGUUGAACAAAUUUCCUAAUCAAAGAAAUAAUGUAUGAGUUCCAUGUUUCUUUAGUUUGACAAAAAUAAAUAUAAUUUAGUGUUUUUACUUUAUUUAGGCUUCCUGGUGGCUUCAUUUUAUUGAAAUUCUUUACUUUGUUUGAAAUGGCCAUUAUUGACUUUUUUCUUAUGUUUUGGAGAGUUUAUUAUUAUUAAAAAUAUUUCUUUGAUAAAACACCCCUUAUCUAGUAAUACCUGUGUUUGUUUAGAUCUUGGAAACGAAUAAACUUUUAUAGUAUUUGUAAAUGAACCAAAUUAUUGCUGCUACCACUAAGAGGAUGUAAAUAGAAGACUAAUAAUUAAAGUCACCUUCCUACCUUUAGAGCACCUUCAGCUCCUAUAGUUUUGUAUUGUGGCAGCUAUGAGAUAUUUUCAUGGUAAUUUCAACAUGGUCAAGCACUUUGUACCAAGUUAUUAAAUAACAAUUUUUAAAAUUUAAAGAAUGUGUCUUCAACUAAAAACUUUUCUUUAUGCUUUAGCAUUUAUUUAUGUCUCUUUAUAGAGCAUUAUCCCUGUGACAUUGUUUCUUUAGUUUGCUCUUUCAAGAGAUAUUUAUAGAUGCUGCCAUAGCUGCCCUGCAUUUCCAGCUAAUCUCUUCUGCUCUAAAUAUUUAAAAACAGUUCUUCUCAAACAUUUUCAUUCAGAUAGCUUUCUGAAAGUUCCCUAUCCGUCUUUACCAUAAUUUUUAAAUGUAGCCACAUUAUAAAAUAGUAAACUUCAUAUAUAAUGAAUGCUUCAUAUUUUUGUUAUGGGAAAGCAAUAACAUAGUUGGAUACAGAAUGCAGCCAGUCUUUAGAAACAUUCAAAUCCCUCUUCCUUUACUCAAAUACAGUUUCAAAAGGAAGACUCAUGAGAAAUGUCAUAAA